GAAUUUGAAAARCACAAAGUUGGCGUCCAAGACUCUUCCAAAGACCUAGAGUCUCAACAAGUAAGCGAGGAUCCUGAGAUCCUGGAAAUUGCCAACAGAGAAUACGAGACAGUGCACGGUAGGAUUCUGGCUGUAAACAUGGCUCACUUGGAGAAGAGGAAAAAGGCUCUGAGAGAUCAGGAAACAAAAAGAUCGAAGGAACCGGAUGUUUUUGAGAACAUCGAGAAGGAUAACGAAGGCAAGAAAAUAGAAGGCCUUUACCAAGGAGAUAUCAUUGAAGAUGAAGAUCUUGAGAAACUCCUUCAUUUACCAAACCGAACAAGAACGAAAAGAAAUGCCAUUCGAUCGAGAAAACGACUGUGGCAAUCAAGGAUAAUCCCCUACAAACUCACACCUGAUAUGAUGCAUAUCAAGAAAAACCUGUUCAUUGCUUUCGCGGAGUACCACAAACACACAUGUCUUCGUUUCGUACCUUAUCAGCCUGGUGUACAUGGAAACCAUAUCUACUUCAAUAGGAAUACUGGAUGCUCUUCUAAGAUAGGGAGGCAUUACGUUGCACCUGUUGGCCAGCCCAUCUCUCUUGGUAGUGGAUGCAACUUCCCUGGCACCAUUAUACACGAACUGUUACAUGCUUUAGGUUUUUGGCACGAACAGGCUCGUGCAGACCGCGAUAAAUUUGUGUCCGUCAAAUGGGAGAAUAUCCAAACAGGGUUCGAUGACCAAUUUUCCAAGUACGACUGGAAUUCUAUCGACGCAAUGGGACAAUUAUAUGAUUACGAAUCCAUCAUGCACUACGAUCGCACAGCAUUCACCAAAAACGGAAAGCCUACCAUUGUUGCCAUUGGCAACGAAAAUAAAAAAUUUGGAACGCAGAAUCAUCGCUUAAGUGAAGCAGAUAUUAUUGAAAUCAACGCUCUGUAUGACUGUAAAACUAAGAAAUUAGGUUGGACCAAGUGGUCUGAUUUUACAUCAUGUGAUAAAAAUUGUUUCAAGUCAAGAGAACGCUACUGCUUCCAUAGUGGGGAUCCUAAAAGCUGUGGAGGCAACGUUAAUGUUUAUGGCAUAGAAAAAGAUUCCAAAAAGUGUACCCGAAUGGAGUGCUUAGCACGAAAUUCAAUCAGUGGUCACUGGGGUAACUGGGGUGCAUGGACUGCAUGCAGUGCUAGUUGCGAUGAUGGAGUGCGAAGCCGAACAAGGCAGUGUAACAACCCUGCUCCUUCUAAGUAUGGUAAACCAUGUAAAGGAGAGGCGAAAGAGGAAGAGAUAUGCACCAUCAAACGAUGCCAUAUGGGCAAGGAUGAUACCACUUUUGAUGACUCAAGUCAUCCCUUUGGCAUGUGGAAGAAUAAAGUCGGUACAAAGCUACAGUGGAUCAGACACACUGCUUUCACGAAGACCUUGGAUACUGGACCAAUGAGUGAUCACACUACUGGAAAAGGUUAUUACUUAUACAUGGAAUCAUCUAGUCCUGCAAAACAUGGUGACCAGGCGAUACUGACAAGCCCAACUCUGACAUCUAGUAAAACAGGUUCCCAGUGUCUCAAGUUUUACUAUACAAUGUAUGGUAAUACAAUGGGAUCGUUGGAAGUUAGACUUCAUCGACCAGGAUCACCAACAAGAAAUAUCUUUUUCAAAAAGGGGAAUCAGGGUACACCUUGGCAUCUUGGGACGGCAACUAUUCAGGCGAAUGAGGGUUUUAAGCUCGAGAUAGUUGCAACUGUCGGCAGUGUGGGCUACUCUGAUAUAGCUAUAGAUGAUGUGUACAUAGACCCAGGCAAAUGCUCUUGUCAAGAUGAGUACAUAUCCUGCGCCAAGUGGUCAGCAAGCGGAGCUUGUAACACUAACACAGUCUGGAUGAAGAAACACUGCCCUAAGAGCUGCCAAGUUUGUGGUGUUUGUAAAGAUUUAAACCCAGUCCAGUGUCCUUUGUGGGCGAAGCGUGGAGAAUGCCAAAAGAAUAGAAUAUAUAUGGGUGACAAUUGUCCAAAGAGCUGUGAAUUUUGCAAUGCUCCAUCUUGCAAUGACAACCCCAAGUUCAAAGAUCAAUGUCCACUCUGGGCCCUAAAGGACGAAUGUACUUUGAAGAACAAGAAAUGGAUGCAGGCAAACUGCCCAAAGAGCUGCAAUGUUUGUGUUUGUGGAGACAACAACCCUAGUUGCAGUAAGUGGGCAAAGGCAGACCAGUGCGAUAAGAACCCAGUCUAUAUGCACGUGAACUGCAAGAAGAGCUGCAAGAAAUGCUAAAAGG